AUGCCGCCGCUGCCACUACUGGUCGAAGUGGAAGACUCCUCGAUCAAAGAACCUCACCUUCAUACGAAGCCAAAGAAUGAGCCCAUGACAUGGCAGCAGGAGAAGGACUUCGGGCAAUCCCGUAAGCUUGAAACCCCUCCCUCUGGUCGCCCACAGUGGAAGAUAUUGCCUAUUGAGGAACCUUCCAAAGUACCAGACGAUGCCAACAAUAGCUGGCUAGCUCAACAAGCCGAAUUCUCUAAUUCAAGCGAGCAGCCGCGCCGAAACGCACGUGGUAAGGGAGCCACUCACCGCGCUAGUGCCAUCGAAUCUUCCAAACCGACUCGCCCACCUCCACCCCACAUCAACGACGCGAUCAAGGAACAGAAGCCGUUGUGCAAGAAUCGGUCUCGCAACAAGAAGAAGAAGAAGGCUAAGAGCAACAACAUGGCCAGGUCCCCUAACGGUACAGCAAGGGUAUACGUCCCUCCUCAUCUGCGAAACCGUAGCUCUGCCGACGCUGGAAAGGUGCACUCUGCUCAUAGUAGCGAUGUUGCUGUGAAUGCAUCCUCUGCUGCAUCUGACUUGUCCAAGGCAGCAAUUGCCAGCAAGACUGACCCUAUCCCCAACGGUGCAGUUCAUCGGCAGGACUCAUCAUCACCAUCGCCAACUACCUCGCUAGAGCAUAAGCAGAAAGGGCAGUGCAAGUCUGCGACGCCGGAGCCAGCCCUCUACAAUGGCUGGGACGAGCCCAAAGCUGAUCUUCCAGCUGCUCCCAAGAACUCUGAAAACCCACGAUGGCCUCGAGGCCCACAGCCAUACAAGAGGGCAGUUUGGCCCAAGUCGAAGGAUAUGAAGUACAUACCCUCCAGUAGCGAUAGUGAUGGCGGCAUCGACUUCAAGUCUAACAGCAAUGGAGACCCAUACUACGACAUCAAGAAGCUGACGGACUGGAGCGGCGAUUGGCUGCCUGCUCCUGAAACAUGGGCCGCUCGCAAAGGUCAUACAGACCGUCAUUUCGGUGCGCACAUAGAGCAAUGGAUAAAUACACAUCCUCCACACUGGAAAGAUGGAGUCACCCCGUACUACCCACCCGAUACAUUUGCCGACGCGAAAGAGUUGGCACCUCGUUACUGGCUCGAGGUAAAGGUUGGGGGUGAAAGCCUCAGAGAGGUCUGGAAGGAUCUCGUAAACCCAGAGAAAGAGCCAAAGCCUCUGGAUGAGAGCGACCUCGUCGACUACUUGCCCUGGUGGGAGCUAUACGAAGAUGUGGUUCAUACGGAAACCAUCAACGAUGACGACGGCCAGGACCAGAGGAUCAUUACACACGCCACUAGCUACCUCCGCGCCUUAGACGUUCCGGAUGCCAGGGUCAACUUUGACGAUCCUAAAUAUCCGUCGGCAUCUUGGAUGUUAGCUUCCGCUCUAGACAAGGUUGAGGAGAAGAACAAGCGUGUAGCGGAAAGGCAUCGCAAGGUGAUGGCGAAGCGGAGUCGCCCUGUUCCAGAAUCAAGGUCCCCUAUUCCGCAGAUGGCAGACCGUCGGUUGUACCCUAAAGCCAAUAUAUACAUUCGACCUGUAAAGGCGAUGGACGUGCAAGGCAUUUUAGAGAUCUACAACUACUAUAUCAACAACACUAUCUGUGCCACUGAGUUUGACGAACGUACCCUGGUUCAGAUGGCUCAACGGAUGCUCGAUAUUGUUAACGCGGGCCUUCCAUACUUGGUAGCCGUCUCCAAGAGUAACCAGUCCAGGGCUGAUCCAGGAUAUGUGAGCGAGAAGAUAGCCGGCUUCAUCAACUUGGACGAUUAUUGUGAUCAGUCAAGCUCAUACCGCUAUACGUUUGAGAUGGAGUUGUUCGUCCACCCGGGGUUCGUUUCUAAGGGGCUCGGCAAAUGCCUUGUGGAUCGACUUCUCGAGAUGGUUGAUACCAGUUACCGCGCUCGUGGUGGAUAUGAGUACGUCAACGAUGAUGAAUACCUCAAAACUGGACCGUCGAGGAUUAUCAAGACCGUUCUGCUCAACGUUCACCACGAGAACGGCGAAGACUUGGAUGCUGAUUGGCGAGGCAACUUCCUGAGCGCUUGCAAGUUCGUCUGCGUUGGUCGACUCCCAAAAGUUGGAUACAAGUACGAUAAAGUUGUGGACGUUUCGAUCUUUGCGCACCAUACCAAUGAGGAUAUAGAUCCAAGCGCUCGUCCCACUGUCGCCGGCUGA